AUGGCCAAUUUGCAAAUCGGCAACAUGCAGGGAUUGCCAACUGAGCUUACCUCAUUCCUGACAACAUUGCAGGCACAAAUCAUGAAUGUGCAAAACAGAACCGACCAGUUGGAGCGACUUGCAGCAGAGAAUGCAAGACUAACCACUGAAUUAGACCAUGCUAGAACAACAAUUGCUAAUCUGCAGAAGCAAUUAGGAUCUCAGAGUGCACCUGAAAAAAACUUUUCAGAAAUUUCACUUUCGAACCCAGCCGGCGCAGUAGGUGCUCCUGACAAAAACAAAGAACCAGGUCUGGAAGCCUCCACUUGGGCUACUAAAGCCAGUGUUUCUCUUCCUGUAACUGCCCCAAAAAUGUCUACUGUUCCCUCUGCUCGCCGUAUUGCAGCUUCUGUUCGUAUGUUUGCUCUUCCCUCUGGUCCUUCAGGUUAUGAAUAUGUUUAUAUUCCAAGAUCAAGACGCCUUAAGCACAAAGAAGUCCGUUCCUCUCUCCGCACUCUUGGUGUGGAUUCUUCUCGACUUUUGGACAUUAACUUCCCAGCCAGAGGUGUCAUUGGCAUCCUUGUUCAUGUCCAGUAUGCUGAUACAUUUAAGGCCAAACUGACAACUGCUUCUGUUGAGAUUUUGGACGCAUUUGAUCCACUUGAUCCUGAUAAUGUUGCUGAUCCCAAGUAUGCAUCUCUGUCCACUCAUGAACUUGCCAACACUGCUGCCAUGCUUCACCAUGAUAGAUGUCUCCAAGCCCUACAGUUCUUGCGCCCACACGUUGCUAUCCCAGUUGGUCACUUCUUUUGUGAGGAAGGGUGGAUCAGUGAAGAUGAAAUACCAACACGUACUACUCUUACCAAUGCUACUGGCGGGUCUUUGUUCAAACCUGGCACCUAUAGGGGCUCUAUGGGUGUUUCUGUUCUCAUAUCACCUCACUGUCCUUAUGCCGUCACUCAAAUACCUAUGCCCUCCAAAUAUGCUCUGGCUGUCAAAAUUGGCUCACUCAGAAUUGUAUGCUUAUAUCUUCCACCAAAUAUGCCCACUCAUGAUGUCCUACAUGUACUCUCUUCCAUUCCUUUAACACAUGAUACCAUUCUUUGUGGUGACUUCAAUGCAAGACUUGGCUCUGUUACUGGUGACUAUGCAUCAAAUUGUCGUGGACUGGCACUAUGUUCUUGGAUAGAAGAGAGAUCUCUAUCAGUUGUAAAUGCAGAUCUUGCACCUUGCAUACCAACAUAUAUUUCUUUCCGCAACAACUAUGAAAUCAGCAGUAUUAUUGACCUCUUUAUAACUAAUAUGCCACUCAUCAAUCCUUCUCUUCAUAUUGCUACUGACUUGUCUCUUGGAUCAGAUCAUCGCCUUUUAUCACUUUCCUUUACCUAUGAUCUACAGCACUCUACCAAUAUGCCACCACCAUUACGCAAGACAUGGAACCUCUCACGCCUCAAUGAACCUGAUGUCCAUGCUCUUUAUGCUCAUACCUUCAAUCAAAACUCGACCUCCCUCCUUUCCACCUUGCAAGACAUUGUACAGAAUCCACCACUCACUAGACCCAACAUUGAUGCUAUCACUGAUGAGUUCAAUUUACUCAUUUAUGACUCAUUAAAUAGCUCAAUUGGACAUCGACCCUCUCGCCCAAAUCAUUGGAAAUCCUUCUGGAAUGUAGCUUUGCAAACAGCAGCAGAUCGUCGUAACCAAUGUUACAAAAAAGCAGAUCGUCGUAACCAAUGUUACAAAAAAUGGCGCCUAGCAAUAGGUAUUGACAAAGUUGUUUGGUGGACUAAACACAAGCAUGCACAGGCCGAAUUCCGAUCUCAGGUUCAGCAAGCAAAACGUCAGUCUUGGCAUGUCUUUUGUCAGUCUAUGGAACGUGACUUCAGCAAAGCAACAUCAAAGAUAAAGCAGUUAAAACGCCGUAGACAGCCACAACAUACUUUCCAGCACGAUGAUGGACCAGCCGUAGCAGCAGCAACAAUGUGUGACUAUUUGGCAACAGUAUAUAGUGGACAUAUACUUCCAGCAACCCGACCACCAGCACCAAUGACCACUUGUAACAGUGUGCCUUUUGCCUCUGAUGACUCUCCCUUUACCUCACCAAUUGUAGAGGAAUUCAUGCAAUUUAUGCCUAACCGCAAGGCACCAGGACCAGACCAUAUCAGAGCUGAAAUGCUAAAACCUUCUGCUGGCAAUGGUCAUAUGUUCCAAUCCAUUGCCACUCAUAGACGUUCUGGUACACUCGCUACAAUGGCAACCCUAAACUCUGUUGGUGCUUGUCGUUCUGGUUUUUCUCUGCUGCUCAGUUCACGAUUGUAUAAGACCUUUGUCCGCCCAAAGUUUGAAUAUGGUUUGGCGAUCUCCACUCUACUGAAACAAGAUAUCAAAGUGCUGGAGUCCAUUCAAGAUAAGUGUCUUCGCAUGAUUGUUGGGGGGCAUGCCACGUCCUCUACAAUUGUGUUAAAGCACAUCUGCAAUCUGCCAAGUAUGAAGUUUCGUGCUGAUGCUCUUAUGGCCAAGUUCUGUAUAAGAUCACGCUUUUUGCCAGCCCAGUGCCUUCUGUCUCUUUUGCACCAUCAUCAUACCGUCUAUUCUUCACUUGUCUCCUUGGGAAAAACCCAUCUUCUGUCCAAUCUCCCUCCAACACUCAAACUUCGAAGCCCUAGUGCUGUAAAAAAUCAUUUUGAAAGCAUUAGAGAAGCUGGAUUUGCAAUCUUUCUCCAGUCCAAUACGCAAGUUCUCAUUCAAGCAUGCCGCCCAGUUCUUGGAGUUGAUCCAAUCUUGUUUUUGCCAGCCUCACGUGUGGAACGUAGCCGUUUGAUUCGUUGGAGAAUGGGGUGGUUACCAGGCAAACCAAAGGAAUGUCCUUGUGGAUCAGAUCACACCUCACGCCGCCAUUUGUUGGAUUGCCCACUUGUUCCUAUGGCACUAUUUGAACAGUUGCCUCAACCUGACCAAGAUCAGAUACACAGAAUUGAUUUUGCCAUCACAUCCUUGCCUUUGUCAUCUCAAGAACCGCGACCUGCUUACUGGAUACCACUGCUGACUAUUCUCUGGCACAUAGAUGUUAUAUGUAAUCCUGAUGGUGACUAUUCACAUGAGACUGAACAUGGUGCUCUUUGGAUAUAA